AUGGCAAACUUCAAGGGCCACGCUCUCCCAGGGAGUUUCUUUCUGAUAUUUGGGCUAUGGUGGUCAGUGAAGUACCCACUGAAGUACUUUCAUCAAAAGGGAUUGAAGAAGAACAGACUGAGCCAGCAGCAACAGCGCAUUGAGAUCAUCGAAGGUGCAGUCAAGACUGCGUUUGCAAUCAUUGGGAUCCUGGCCGAGCAGUUUGUUCCAGAUGGGCCUCACCUCCACCUCUACCAUGAGAAUCAAUGGACAAAGCUCAUGAAUUGGCAGCACAGCACCAUGUACCUGUUCUUUGGUGUCUCAGGAAUCAUUGACAUGCUCACCUACCUUUACUUCAACAUUGUGCCCCUGGGGGUGGACAGGCUGGUUUUGGCUAUGGCAGUAUUCAGUGAAGGUUUUCUCUUCUAUUUCCACGUCCACAACCGACCUCCACUAGACCAGCACAUCCAUUCGCUUCUGCUGUUCGGUUUGUUUGGAGGGAGUGUCAGUAUCUCUUUAGAGGUGAUCUUUCGGGAUAAUAUUGUGCUGGAGCUUUUCCGAACCAGUCUCCUCAUUCUUCAGGGAACCUGGUUCUGGCAGAUUGGAUUUGUCCUGUUCCCCCCAUUUGGAACACCAGAAUGGGACCAGAAAGACAUGGACAAUAUCAUGUUUAUCACCAUGUGCUUCUGCUGGCACUAUUUGGUUGCCCUUUGCAUCACGGCCAUCAACUUCUCUCUUGUUUACUGCUUUUUGACUAGGGUGAAGAGACAUGCAGAAGGAGAAAUCAUUGGGAUUCAGAAGCUGACAUCAUCAGAUCACACUUACCAGUCAGCCCUUUUGAGUGGCUCAGAUGAGGAGUGA